AGCACUUGCUGCACAAACAGCAGUCGGUUGCGGUUGAAAAUACACAGGGAAAUAAAAGCUAGCGUGCUUCUAUCCAGCGUGCUUAUCGACAUAACUGGCAACAAAAAUAAAUUAAAUUCAAAAUCCACUCACUUUUACUGACGCUUAAAAACUUAUUUUUCCCACUAUUGCUGUCAGCGGCUAACUAGCUACGUGUCAUGUCCGAAGAAGACGCAGAAACGUCGGGGCUCAACGGGAUUGCUGAUGAACAAAAUGUGAAAAAAGAGGGGAUAGGUCUUGAAGCAAAAUUAGAUGAAUCUCAGGUUGAAAGCAACACCACUGAACACCCGCUUCCAGAUGUACAAGAUAGCGAUACUGGAGUAAAGACUGAAACUGGCGAGCUGGUGGGGGAAACGGUGCACAAGUCAACUUUUUUGACAUCAGGUGAGGAGGACACAGUGGAGGCGACAGCUCAAGCGGACCUUCCUGAGGACAGCAUGCAAGAUGGAGCAUCACCAAAGAAAAUAACUUUUUCUAAUGAAGUUGGGAACUCAACAGCCACUGUGAAGAUCAUGCUGAUGCCGGAGGGACACAUGAUGACGAUGGCCUUUGCAAUUGGGCUGACCGUCAAGGAGUUGAAGUAUCACUUCGCAACUGAGCUGAAAGUGCCAUCAGAACUCAUACAGAUUUCUCAGAGCGGUAGGAUGGUAGAGGACCAUAGGACCCUGAUAGAGCUGGGAGUGCAGCCUCAUGGCACCAUCCAGUUGGAGAUGACCUCGUCUGACCCUGAAAACCACCCCAUCCGUCCUGUCAAGCCCCAGCAGGACUACAACAUGCCUGACGUAAUCACUGUCCGUGUCCAGACAGACCCAGAGACAGAGACAUUCCAGGAUGUGGUGGUGGAGAUUGAGAGGGCCACCCAUAGGAAGGCUUUCCUGGGAGGCUACAGACACAAGGCCACAGAGACCGAGUACCACCAUGCAGCUGUACAGACCAUAGCUAAGAGGAAACCCAUUAGGGGGGUGGGAACCUUCAGCCGCGAUACACAGACAGUGACGGUGAAGAGCCAGUCCCAGCAGUGCACCAACAGCACAUCCACCCAGAUGACCAAGAUCGGCUGCUACGUGUCCAACAUGGAGGACAAGCUCAUCUCCCCUGGCUCCUACAUCACUGCCGCCCAGUACCAUAGCAAGAGACUGAGAGCUGUGAUCACUCUGCAGAUGUACACGCGGCGCUGGCAGGCCAAGCGGAUGACGGACCAGCUGAGGCAGGACAGGGAGCUGCGUCUGGCCUGGAUGGAGAGAGAGGGGAGGAGGAAGAGGGAGGAGAAAGAGGAGCAGAUCAAGGCUGAGUACCACAGGAGGAUGAACCCCCAGUGCAGGGACGACUUUGCCCUGCUCUACAGUGCCCUGGAGAAGUGGAGGAAAGAGGAGGUAGAGCACAUCGAUGCCACUCUGGAUGGUGCUGAGAGGAAGGCUGCUCUGUGUGCGCUACUGGAGCAGGAGAGCCAGCUCAUUGCCUCCAUCGGACGCCACCGCAUCGCCGCUGGAGAGAGGAAUUACGACAAGGCCGUGCAGGCCUUCCUUGAGAAGUGUGCUGCCCCUAAGAGGUGGCGUGCAUUCGAUGGGAAGAUGACCCAGGUGGACACCCAGUACACCAUCAGAGCCAAGGAACUGAGAGACCUGUACUCCAGCAUCAACCUGCACUACCUCAACCAGGAGGAGAGGCUUGACGUGCUGCUCACACUCAAACACACCGUCAAGGAGCACGACUGCAAGCUGACCCAGAACAUUGUGGAGUUGAUUGACAGGGAGGCGGACCUCCUGAUGAGGGGGGUAAAGGAGACCAAUCUGGAGGGGCUGAGGAAGAGAAUCUCCACCCUCUUCCUCCAAUACAUCAAAACCCCCACCUUUAACCCAGAGGUGGCCAAACUGCUAAAGGUCCCCCAGGACCCAGCCCAGUUGAGGAAGAACAUCUACUUCUGCCGCGGCUGCAGCCGCUACCUGCUUUCCACUGACUUUGCACUUACGGCCAAUGCUCGCCUGGUAGGCAAGUGUCGCAGUUGUUCGGAGCUGGACAACGAGGCUCGCCGCCGCGAGGACUUCUCCCACUACAAGACCAUCCUCAGGAGGCUCCGCAAGACUGAGGCUCAGAGGAACAAAGAGGCCAAGAUUACCUACCUGCUGCAGGAGCAGGACCUGCGGUACCUGGUAGAUGUAGUGUGGGGGGCCCAGUCGGCCCUCAGUGCGUGGAGCGACAUGCAUGACUUGGUAAUGGUGAGGUGGGAUUGCCAGUGGGAGUGGAGUCCCUGGAACUGCAUCCUGCUCACCAAGGGAGAAGCUGCUGCUCACAUCAAAAUGGAGAACAUUGAGAAGGCCUAUGGAGUGGUGUUCAUUCGGAAUGUUAAACACAGACACACAGUGGCAAAGAAAUACUUCUCCAAGAUCCCCGUCAUGGCCAAAUACCUCCAGGAAGUGGACUUGCAAUCAGCCACCCACGGUAACCUGUUAGUCGCCAAGCCCAUCAACACGGUGACAGCCAGGAUCCUGACUACCAUCCCACAAGCCGCUGCUGGCAAGGCCACGCAGUGAAGCCCUGUUCCUCCCUCUUCCCGUCUCUGUCUGUCCCCCUUUCCCCUCUUCCUCACCGUCUCUCUUGUAUGUCAAAUAAAAAUAGUGUAUUUGAUGAUCAUUGAACUGGUUUGGCUUUUGGAACUUUGAAAUGGAUGUCUAAUUUAAUGAUAGAAGUGAUGAUAUUAAAUAAAUACUGUAAAAUACAA